AUGACAAAUUCUGCUCUUCAGGAUGUUGGGAUUUUUUGUCACACAUUUCAGUGUCACACAAUCGAGUUUGUUAGAAACUAUAUUUGUGAGUACAAAAUUGAUUUGAGGAGGAGUGCAGCAGUGAGGAGCAGUAUAGCAGUGAGGAGCAGCGUAGCAGUGUGGAGCAGCGGAGCAGUUCGGAGGAGUAUAGCAGUGAGGAGCAGCAUAGCAGUGAGGUGCAGUGAGGAGCAGUGUAAUAGUGAGGAGCAGUGUAGCAGUGAGGAGCAGUGUAGCAGUGAGGAGCAGUGUAUCAGUGAGGAACAGCGUAGCAGUGAGGAGCAGCGUAGCAGUGAGGAGGAGUAUAGCAGUGAGGAGCAGCGUAGCAGUGAGGAGCAGUGUAGCAGUGUGGAGCAGCAUAGCAGCGAGGAGCAGCGUAGCAGUGAGGAGCAGCGUAGCAGUGAGGAGCAGUGUAGCAGUGAGGAGCAGUGUAUCAGUGAGGAGCAGCAUAGCAACGAGGAGCAGCAUAGCAGUGAGGAGCAGUGUAUCAGUGAGGAGCAGUGUAGCAGUGAGGAGCAGUGUAGCAGUGAGGAGCAGUGUAUCAGUGAGGAGCAGAGUAGCAGUGAGGAGCAGUGUAGCAGUGAGGAGCAGAGUAGCAGUGAGGAGCAGCAUAGCAGUGAGGAGCAGUGUAUCAGUGAGGAGCAGCAUAGCAGCGAGGAGCAGAGUAGCAGUGAGGAGCAGUGUAGCAGUGAGGAGCAGCAUAGCAGUGAGGAGCAGUGUAGCAGUGAGGAGCAGUGUAUCAGUGAGGAGCAGCAUAGCAGUGAGGAGCAGCAUAGCAGUGAGGAGCAGUGUAGCAGUGAGGAUGAGGAGCAGCGUAGCAGUGAGGAGCAGCAUAGCAGUGAGGAGCAGUGUAGCAGUGAGGAGGAGUGUAGCAGUGAGGAGCAGUAUAGCAGUGAGGAGCAGUAUAGCAGUGAGGAGCAGUGUAGCAGUGAGGAGCAGCAUAGCAGUGAGGAGCAGUGGAGCAGUGAGGAGCAGUGUAUCAGUGAGGAGCAGUAUAGCAGUGAGGAGCAGAGUAGCAGUGAGGAGCAGUGUAGCAGUGAGGAGCAGUGUAGCAGUGAGGAGCAGCAUAGCAGCGAGGAGCAGAGGAGUAGUGUAGCAGUGAGGAGCAGUGUAUCAGUGAGGAGCAGUGAGGAGCAGCAUAGCAGUGAGGAGCAGUGUAGAAGUGAGGAGGAGUGUAGCAGUGAGGAGCAGUAUAGCAGUGAGGAGCAGUAUAGCAGUGAGGAGCAGUGGAGCAGUGAGGAGCAGUGUAUCAGUGAGGAGCAGUGUAUCAGUGAGGAGCAAUGUAUCACUGAGGAGCAGCAUAGCAGUGAGGAGCAGUGUAGCAGUGAGGAGCAGUGUAGCAGUGAGGAGCAGCAUAGCAGUGAGGAGCAGUGUAGCAGUGAGGAGCAGUGCAGCAGUAUGGAGGAGUGUAGCAGUGAGGAGCAGCAUAGCAGUGAGGAGCAGUGUAGCAGUGAGGAGGAGUGUAGCAGUGAGGAGCAGUAUAGCAGUGAGGAGCAGUAUAGCAGUGAGGAGGAGUGUAGCAGUGAGGAGCAGCAUAGCAGUGAGGAGCAGUAUAGCAGUGAGGAGGAGUGUAGCAGUGAGGAGCAGCAUAGCAGUGAGGAGCAGUGUGGCAGUGAGGAGGAGUGUAGCAGUGAGGAGGAGUGUAGCAGUGAGGAGCAGCAUAGCAGUGAGGAGCAGUAUAGCAGUGAGGAGCAGUGGAGCAGUGAGGAGCAGUGUAUCAGUGAGGAGCAAUGUAUCAGUGAGGAGCAGCAUAGCAGUGAGGAGCAGUGUAGCAGUGAGGAGCAGUGUAGCAGUGAGGAGCAGCAUAGCAGUGAGGAGCAGUGUAGUAGUGAGGAGCAGCAUAGCAGUGAGGAGCAGUGUAGCAGUGAGGAGCAGUGUAGCAGUGAGGAGCAGUGUAGCAGUUUGGAGGAGUGUAGCAGUGAGGAGCAGUGUAAUUUAGAAGUGGUGUGGUUAUUUAUAGUGAAUCACACAAACCUCAUAAACCUACAUGAGCAGCUACACAAUGCUACACUCUGUAUCAAGUACUGGGCUACUGCUGAACUGGACUGGAUCCAGGAUGCGGUUGAACCAGACUGUAUCUGGGCUAUGGCUGAAAUGGUCUGGAUCUUGGCUAUGGCUACGGCUGACCCUGACUGA